UCACUGAGCUGCAGAGAUGAAUAACCAAAGAGUAACCUAUGCAGAACUGAAUGUGGCCAAGUACGCAAAGAGGCAGCAAAUGAAACCUAAGGGCACUAAAAGCUCCAUUUCAGUAACUGAGGAGGAAAUAACCUAUGCUGAGUUAAACCUUCAAAAUGCUUCUCAGGAUCUUCAAGAGAAUGACAGGAACCACCACGGCAAAGAUUUACCAUCACCUCGAGAGAACCUCAUUGCUGGGAUCCUGGGAAUCAUCUGCCUUGUCCUGCUGUCCACAGUGGUAACAAUGACAGUUGUUAUUCACUCUACUGAAAUGGUGGAGCAGAAGAAUUCAUCCCCAAUAACAAGGAUCCAGAAAGCAUAUCAUUGUGGUCAUUGUCCAAAGGAGUGGUUAACAUAUUCCAACAACUGCUAUUACAUUAGUAUUGAAAGCAAAACAUGGAAUGAGAGUUUGACGGCCUGUGUUUCUAAGAACUCUAACCUGCUUUAUAUAGAGAGUGAAGAAGAACUGAAAUUUCUGAAUUCCUUAUCACUUCUAUCAUGGAUUGGAGUCUUUCGUAACAGCAGUGAUCAUCCAUGGAUGUCCACGAGUGGCUUAACUUCCAAACUAAGGUAAAAUUUUUUAAAUAAUGCUAUAUAGAAGAAGAAACUAUAAAAAAGAAAAAUUCGGAAAAUAAUAUUAAUACAUUUGUUUCAGUUGAAUUAUAGAAAUGAAGAAAGAUGUGGAAAGUUAAUGAAAUGUUGAUGUAAAUGUUAAAAAAUGGACUCAGUUUUCCUGGUAACCAACUCUUACGAAUAUUGAAUAAAAAAAUGUCAUUACCCAUUUUCAACAUAUUCUUUUGUUACAGGUACAUGGAAAAUGCUAUUGUUUCAUGAAUUGCCCCCAUACAAUGUAACAAUAGAAUUAUGCAUUUUUAUCCAUUACAGGGUAACAGAAUCAUCAUCUGGUAAACAUAACUGCGCUAUACUACACUCAUCGGGCCUCAAAGCAGAGAGUUGUGGAUCUCUAAAUAGAUAUAAUUGCAAGCAUAAGCUUUAGAAUUGAAGCAUUUGAGUUUGGAUUCUGUCGGGUAACAUUCUAUUUCAUAAAAUGGAAAUAAUAUUACAAUUGGAUAAGUCUUAAAAUGGAUUAUAUUAUUUGUUCUAGUAACGAAAAGUUUUUUCAAAAGCAAUUAUUGAAAUAUAAUAUACACACCAAAAAGUACAGACACCAUUACUUUUGUGUCUGUUUUUUUUUGCUUAACAUUAUGUUAGUGACAUUCAACUUUUUUAAAAGACUGCAUGUUGUGUGAGUUCGUGUAUGUGAAAUAUCAAGAGGCAAACCCAUAAGAGACAGAAAGUGGAUUUGUGGUUGCUAAGGACUGAGGCGAGGAGGAAUAGGAAAUGACUGCUAACAGGUACAGUGUUUCUUUUUGGAGUGAUGAAAACUUCCUAAAUUUUGAUAGUGGUGAUGGUUACAAACUCUGUGAAUGUACUAAAAAUCACUGAUUUAUAUACUCUAAAUGGAUGAAUUUUAUGCCGUGUAAAUUACCUCAAAAAAGCUUUCCAAAAAACUCCUGGGCUUAUGUUUGGGACUGCAUUUAAUCUUUAAAUUUGUAAGGAUUAGUCAUCUUUACAGUAUUGACUCUUCCAAUCAAUAUCAUGCUUUAUUUUUGUAUGUAUUAGGUUCUUUAAUUUAUUUUAUAUUUUGUAUUUUUUAUAUUGAAGUCUACAGAAAAAUGGGUAUUUCACAGUCAUUCUUUUAUAAAUGGCAUCCUUAUUUUAAAUCUUCCUUUAGUAAUUUAUUCUGCUUGAAACACAAAUAUAACUGAGGUUUAUGUAUUAAUCUUAUAUUCAAUGACUUCACUGACUUUAUGUAUUAAUUCCAUCAUUUCAAAUGUAUAUUCUUCUGGGUUUUUUAUAUAAACAGCUUUUAUCUGUAAAUAAUCAUACUUUUAUUUCUUCUUGCCAGGUGUAAUUACUUUUUUUUUCUUGACUUAUUUUCACAGGCUAGUGUUUUAUUUCCAAUGUUGAAUAGAAGGUACAGUAAAGGGUUCUAUAUGUAUCCUUCCCUAUUUUAAGGGAAAAUAUCUCAAUAGUUCAUCCUUCAGUAUGAGGUUGUUUUAAGUUUUUUUCAUCAUACCUUUCUCAUAUUAAAGAAAUCCCAUAAAAUUUCUAUUUUUCUAAUAGAUUUUAUAACCAAUCAAUAUCACAUUAUUAUUUUUCCAUCAGUUGGAAUGAUAAUAAUUUUCUCUGUAUGAUGUUUAUGAAGUAAAUUGUCUUUGUUUUAAAUGUUAAACUAAUCUUUCAUUUCUGAAAUGAAACCACAAUGAUCAUUCUCUACUGUCUUUUUUUCAAAUCAGUGUACACGUUAUAUUUAGAUUAAGUAGUUUUUCUCCAUCCAUGUUCACAAAGAGAUUAGACUGCAUUUUCAUUUAUGCUACAUACUUGACCGGUUUUGUUAUCAAGGCUAUAUUGGGAAGCAUUCCUCUUUUUCUGUUACCUGAAAGCCUUUGUGUAAGAGUACUGUUAUAUUUUCAAAUAUUAUUAUUCACUACUGACACCAUCUGAGGUUGUAGAAUUGUUUUGGAAAAAGGUUU